GUGGCACACGAAAUCGAUUUCAAAGACUUCUUGAAUUUUGACAGUAGCGUCUUGGAUCUCGUCGGUUUCCAUCUUACACGGAUGCCCCUUUGGGAGUUUCUUCCAUCUCUCUUUUGCGGCUUUCCUGUCACGGGUAGCUCCUCUCUUCCUCCCGUCUGUUUGAUAUCUACGCCCGAGCCCCGUCCCCCCAUCCAUGUUUGACAAUGCCCCCGUCUGAAGACUGUCCAUCGCCCCGUAGGAUGUCACAAGCGAAUCCUCCACCGACCUUGCACGUCCGGAUGCCGUCCGAAGUUCCGACUCCCAUGGACCCCGAUGGAGACUACUAUAAACACGCCAACGGCAUCGACCACACCCACCUGGCCGUUCCCGAUUCCGGCGCCCUCAGCCCUGCCUCUUCUGGCCAUGGCGACAGGGAGAUGGGCGACAGGGAGAUGGGCGACAGGGAGAUGGGCGACAGGGAGAUGGCCAACAGAUUAAACGACGACCUCGAACUUAUGCGUGCUGAGCGCAUGGUCUCCAGACAAGUACGAGAAGACGAAUCGAGACGGUCCAGAUCCAAGAACAGGAGUACCGAGAACCUCGAGGACGUCUUUGAUACAGUUGCCGGUGCCGGUGCCACGCCAACCCCGGCCGUUACUACCGUAGCAAAGACGACAUGGCUUACCCGAACUUGGGCUCGACUGAGAAAGUUUCCACGAGUAUUGCGCUAUAUCGUCUACUCGAUUCCUCCGGCCAUUCUCAUCCUCAUCCCUAUCUUCUUGGAUCUUUUCGCCUACGACAGCCACCAAGAUGUCGGUGAAGGCCGAGGUGUUAGGCUCCUCUGGUUCGGCAUCUGGUUGGAAGUUGUCUGGCUCAGUCUGUGGGCAACAAGAGUCAUUACUUGCGUCAUGCCCUUUGUGAUAGCGUGGAUUGCCGACACCUUUGGGUCCAGCAACCACAAGAAGUGGAGGGAUAUUGGUCGUCAGCUCGAGUUGUCUACCGCCAUGUUCAUCUGGAUGCUGGUUGUUUUGGUGACCUACAAUCCCAUCCUGAAGGACCACCGAAUCGAUAACGGUGAAGAUGCGCGCGACAAGGAUUCUGCCUGGAUCUCCAUCGUGUACAAGAUCAUUCUUGCCUUCUUCAUCCUCGCGGCACUGAAUUUCGCCGAGAAGAUCUUGAUCCAGUGGAUUGCCUCCUCGUUCCACCGCCGAACUUAUUCCCUCCGCAUUCAAGAAAACGUCAUGCAGAUCGAGUGUCUCGUCGCUCUGUACACAUACGCCAAAAUUUGUCUCGAGGCGCAGGACCCGGUCUGGAACUCCAACUCGGUUGGAGGCGACUCAUCCGGGCUGCGUACCCCGAUGAAGUACAUGAAGACGAAUGCUCGGCAAGCUUGGAGCAAGGUUGGAAACGCCGCCCAUCGGUUUGCUGGCGACAUCACGGGUAGGCGCAUUCUGAAAGGAAACCAUCCCCGCAAGGUCGUCAUGGAGCUGCUUCGUUCGACCAACUCGAGUUAUACCCUAGCUCGUGUCUUCUACCGUACCUUUGUCCAACCUGGCAGAGAUACUAUCACUUUGGAAGACAUCCUGCCCGCCUUUCCUAAUCAGGAGGAAGCCGAGGCUUGCUUUGCUAUCUUCGACAAGGACUUCAACGGCGAUAUCUCCAUGGAAGAACUGGAAAUGGUCUGCAGCGAGAUCCACCUGGAGAAGAAGGCCAUUGCUGCGUCGUUGAAGGAUCUUGAUUCGGUUAUAAAGAAGCUUGACAAGGUCUUUAUGUUUAUCAUUAUCGUGAUUGUUAUCAUUGUGUUUAUCAGCGUCAUCUCCAACUCGGCUGCUGCUGCGCUGACCUCGACGGGUACCGUUAUUCUGGGUCUGUCUUGGUUGCUUCAGGCAACAGCCCAGGAGUUCCUUCAGUCCAUUCUCUUCGUCUUCGUCAAACAUCCCUUCGACGUCGGCGACCGCGUCACCAUCUACGGUAACACCGGCUCCCUGAUGCGCGGCGACGACUACUACGUCCUCGAGGUCUCGCUCCUCUACACCGAAUUCAAGAAAAUGGAAGGCCACGUCGUGCAAGCGCCCAACUCAAUCCUCAACACGCUCUUCAUCCUCAACCAGCGUCGCAGCCAAGGUUUGGCCGACCCCGUCAACCUGACGCUCCGCUUCGGCACCACCGAAACCCAAAUCGAGGAACUAAAAGCCCGCAUGCUCGACUUCUGCAUCAAGAACCAGCGCGACUACGCUCCGCGAAUCAUCUCGGAAGUAAAGACCAUCGACGAGGUUUAUAGUAUCAACAUGAACAUCAUCUUCUUCCACAAGAGCAACUUCCAAAACGAGCUGUUGAGGCUUACGAGGCACAACAAGUUCGCCGUCGAACUGAUGCACCAGAUGGACGACAUGGGCAUCCAGGGCCCCCGCCUCAUGGCACCUGGUGGAAGGCAGAAUAUGCCUAUGUAUUGGUCUCAGGUUCCUGGUGGUGACUCCCAGCCCGGUCAAAACGGGCCACAACAAUUCCAACAACCACCACUACAACAAGUCCCACCACCACCAGGCCCCUCCCCUUCCCCCUCCGAUUUCCUACGCAGACGCCGCCGCGCCGACAGCCGAGCAACGGUAGUCGAAUCAGGCGUCGACUUCCAAGACGUGUACAUGAACCGACGGCCCGAACCGUUAGGGGGGCAUGGAAUCCAUCGUCUGGCGUCGAUUAGGCAGCGUGACGAGGAGGAAGAUGAGGAGGAUGAGCACGAUGAGAAGAAGAGCCAUCAUCAUCAUCACCACCACAAUAAUGAUUCGGAAUUGGAUCAGAGGCUGGAAAAGAUGUCGAGUAGGGGCACUAGGGGGGAUAUUAGCCCCGCUGGCAGACCGAGUGGUGAUGGAAGUAUGAGCAUGACGGCGUCGGUGAGGAGGGGGAGGGUGACGAUGGGUAAUAUGUUUGGGAGGGGGAGGUCAAGGUCGGUGGUGGCGAAUAGUCAGCCACCGGGAGGGAAUCAGGUUUAGGUUUGAGUGGGAUGAUGUUAUGAAGUGAUGAGUGAUGAGUGAAUGAUCGGUUUACAAGAACCGAACUAAACAGUCUAUGACUAUGCGCCGGGAAGGGGAUGUUGAUGGGGAUCAUAA